GCCAGAAUGAGUAAACAGAGCGGUGAUUCACAUGUCGAUAGACUUUCAGGAAGCGACAGUGUACUAUAACACACCAACUCUGAUAAUUACGUCCAAUAUAUUCAUUUCAUUAUAGUUAAUUAAUCAAUUCAUAAACUCUUUCAAGCAUUAAACAUAACAGUAAUCAUUCAACUUGAGCUUCGUUGAAAUUAGUAUUGACGAAGUAGUACAAGUAAGAAAGGCAAGCAGGUAUAGACAAGUCAGUGGAAAACUCAUAAAGAACAUUUAUUUGUGACUAGCGCUUUUGAUCGCAGUGUGUUCACAUCCAUUGUCAGUUCUACUUCUAUCGUCAGUGUGAGUGGUUGGUUAGAUCUUGCUUCUUAAACGUAUCAUUGAGAUUAUCUACGAUCGAAGAGCAAUCAUGAAGAUUUUACUACUUUUCUCUGUGGCAUUGUUUGCCGUUAUUGAAGCUGUUUCAUUUUCUGAUGUUGUUAUAGAAGAGUGGAAUGCAUUUAAGCUCCAACAUAAAAAACAGUAUGAAACUCCGACAGAAGAGAGUAUGAGAAUGAAAAUUUUCUCUAACAACAAGUAUCAUAUUGCUAAACAUAAUUCUAAAUAUGAAAUGGGUUUGGUACCUUUUAAACUAGCUAUCAACAAAUACAGUGAUAUGCUCCAUCAUGAAUUUAUCCAUACUUUGAACGGAUUUAAUAGAACAGCAUCAAAUAAAAAAAAUUUGAAAGGAACGAAAAAACUUCGUGGAGCAACAUUUGUUUCUCCUGCUCACGUAGAAUUUCCCAAACAUGUUGAUUGGAGAAAAUUGGGAGCAGUCACUCCAGUGAAAGAUCAAGGACACUGUGGAUCAUGCUGGUCAUUUUCUGCUACUGGAGCAUUAGAAGGUCAGCACUUCCGUACAAAAGGCUUCCUUGUGUCUUUGAGUGAACAAAACUUGAUCGACUGUUCCGGCAAAUAUGGAAAUAAUGGUUGUAAUGGAGGCUUAAUGGAUCAGGCAUUCCAAUACAUUCGAGAUAACAGAGGAAUUGACACUGAAGUAUCGUACCCGUAUGAAGGACAAAAUGAUACAUGUCGAUACAACCCACGAACUGCUGGCGCUGAAGAUGUUGGAUUUGUUGACAUUCCUGAGGGUGAUGAAGAAAAAUUGAUGCAAGCUGUUGCUACAGUCGGUCCCGUUUCUGUUGCCAUUGAUGCAUCCCAUGAAUCAUUCCAGUUUUAUUCAGAAGGUGUUUAUGAUGAGCCUGAAUGCUCAAGUACUGAACUAGACCAUGGAGUUUUAGUUGUAGGAUAUGGAACAGAUGAAAAUGGCAAAGAUUAUUGGCUUGUAAAGAAUAGUUGGGGAGAAAGCUGGGGGCAAAAUGGGUAUAUUAAAAUGGCACGUAAUCAGAAAAACCAAUGUGGUAUUGCCUCUAGUGCUAGUUACCCUCUUGUUUAAUUCUCAUUUUUUUGUUUUCAUUUAUAAUUAUUCUAAAAUUGAAUGUAAUCUGAAAUAUUAUUAAUUUUCUUCGUAAGUAUGUUAAGAAAUUAAUUACAAAAUUCAUCAUUGAUAUUU